AUGGAACGCCGCCGCACAUCUAGAAAUGUGACACUGGAUUGGAUUGAGCGAGAUAGCGAACAUGCAAAUGAGAUCUCAGUAGAUCUCAUUCAAAACACAUAUGCCCGUCUCAAACUCCAAUACGCAGAAAUCCUGCGCCAGAAUUGGGUCGAAGAGCUCGAAUCGCCCGACCAAAUCUUUGACCAACUGUCUCUCGCUGCAUGUCUAAUUGAACUAUGGAGGAGCAUGUACGGCACCAUACCAGCAACAGAACAAAACCCCAACGAAGACAAAAACACAGCACAAUUCCCAGGCUUCGUGGACAUAGCCUGUGGCAACGGGAUCAUCGUCUACGUACUCCUCAUGGAAGGAUACAAAGGCUCAGGGUUCGACGCCCUCCGUCGAAAGUCUUGGGCGACAUACCCAGCCGAAGUACAGAAAUAUCUGGAGGAACGGGUUAUCAUUCCUCGGCCUUUUCUGGAUGUACUCCAACCGCAGGAACUCGGCAUGGAGAUCCAUGCGGGCGAUUUUCCGGAGAAUACAUUCAUCAUAUCUGACCAUGCGGAUGAACUCACCGUCUGGACUCCUUUAAUAGCCGCAUUGGCGAAUCCGACGUCGCCGCUACCGUUCUUUGUUGUUCCCUGCUGUUCUCGCUCGCUCGCUGGCUCCUCGUAUCGCUAUCCACCGCCAAACGGCGAUGUUGCUACUACAAGGAGCGAUACCUUAAAGCAGAAUGCACAGCCUGCUUCUGGUGAUUUGAGGGCGCUUCGGGCGAUUAAGAUGAAGGAGAAGACUGAGAGCGGGUUUUUGGAGUCGAUGAUUGGCUCGCUUGCUGCGAAAACGAUGAGUGUUGCUGAGGAGAUUGGGAUUGGUGUUGAGAAGACGUGGCUACGUACCCCGGGUGCGAUUAACAUGGCGUUAAUUGGAGGACGGCGGCAGGUUACAAGGGAGUGGAUAAAGCAGUCUGAUACCAGAGAUUUUUCAAUGGAAGAGGAUCAACGGGAUGCCCUUUUGAAGAAGGUUAUGGGAGUGGUUGAGAGAGAAUGUGCCCAGGAUGGCGGUAUUCAAGCAGCUGCUAAGCUUUGGGUUGGAGCUUUUGGCAGGGAUAAGACAGUGCAUUGA